UCACUGCGCAUGCUCAGGGAGCGUGCAGCAACGGCGAUCGGCGGUGCGCUGUGUCCCUCGGACACAGUGGAUCACCGAGGGGACAUGUACACUGAUCAUCAGGGCACUGAUGAUCAGUGUCCCCUGAUGAUCAGUGUAGCCCCAGCAGUGCCACCUGUCAGUGUCCAUCAGUGCCUUAUGUCAGUGCUCAUCAGUACCACAUCAAUGCCACAUAUCAGUGCCUACCAGUGCACAUCAAUGCCACAUAUCAGUGCCCUACCAGUGCACAUCAAUGCCACAUAUCAGUGCUUCAUCUGAGCUGCCUUUCAGUGCCACCUAUCAGUGCUGCCAAUCAGUGCCACCUAUCAGUG